AUGCUGCUAAAGCUCCUGCAGCGCCAAACCUAUACAUGCCUGUCACACAGGUAUGGGCCCUGCCUCUGCCUCGGGGGCCUCGUCCUCAUGAUCGUCUCCGCCCUGCAGUUCGGGGAGGUUGUCUUGGAGUGGAGUAGAGACCAGUAUCAUGUUAUGUUUGAUUCAUACAGAGACAACGUUGCUGGCAAAUCAUUUCAGAAUCGGCUUUGUUUACCUAUGCCAAUUGAUGUGGUAUACACCUGGGUGAAUGGCACAGAUGUUGAACUGAUCAAAGAAUUGCAACAGGUCAGAGAACAGAUGGAGGAAGAACAGAAAAUAAUGAGGGAAAUCCUUGGAAAGAAUGCAACAGAACCCACAAAGAAAAGUGAGAAGCAACUGGAGUGUUUGCUGACACACUGCAUCAAAGUGCCAAUGCUUGUCCUGGAUCCUGCACUGCCGGCAAAUGCCACACUGAAAGACCUGCUGUCUAUUCAUCCUGCUUUGCAAGCUGCUAACAAUAUGUUCUUUGUAGCAAAACCAAAAAAUCCUUCUACCAAUGUGACAGUAAUUGUUUUUGAUAGCCCUAAGGAUGCUGAUGCUGCCCAUUCUGGAAUGUUAAAAGACAACAGCAAGCAGAUAGUAUGGAGAGGUUACUUGACUACAGACAAAGAAGUUCCAGGUCUAGUAUUAAUGCAAGACUUGGCCUUCCUUAGUGGAUUUCCAGCUACGUUCAAAGAAACAAAUCAGCUACGAACAAAACUACCAGAGAGCCUAACCUCUAAAGUAAAACUGUUGCAGCUCUAUUCAGAAGCCAGUGUUGCUCUCCUGCAACUGAAUAACCCUAAGGGCUUCCAGGAACUGAGCAAGCAAGCAAAGAAGAACAUGACUGUAGAUGGAAAAGAACUGAUGCUUAAUCCUGCUUAUUUACUAUGGGACCUCAGCUCUGUCAGUCAGUCUAAACAGGACGAAGAUGUUUCUGCCAGCCGUUUUGAAGAUAAUGAAGAGCUGAGAUACUCGUUGCGAUCAAUAGAGAGACAUGCCCCUUGGGUGCGACAUAUUUUCAUCGUCACUAAUGGGCAGAUCCCUUCUUGGCUUAACCUGGAUAAUCCUCGGAUAACCAUAGUGACACAUCAGGAAAUAUUUCAGAAUGUGAGUCACUUACCUACCUUCAGUUCACCAGCUAUUGAAAGUCACAUUCAUCGUAUCAGUGGUCUCUCUCAGAAGUUUAUCUAUCUCAAUGAUGAUGUUAUGUUUGGGAAGGAUGUUUGGCCUGACGAUUUUUACAGUCACUCUAAAGGUCAAAAGGUUUACUUGACUUGGCCUGUGCCAAACUGUGCUGAGGGAUGUCCUGGCUCAUGGAUUAAAGAUGGUUACUGUGAUAAAGCCUGUAAUAACUCAGCAUGUGAUUGGGAUGGAGGUGAUUGCAUUGGUAACAGUGGGGGUAGUCGCUAUGUUGCUGGUGGAGGUGCAGUUGGAGGUAUCGGGAAUGGUCCACCAUGGCAGUUUGGUGCAGGAAUAAGUGGUGUUUCUUACUGUAACCAAGGCUGUGCUAAUUCCUGGCUAGCAGACAAAUUCUGUGAUCAGGCCUGCAAUGUUCUCUCAUGCGGAUUUGAUGCUGGUGACUGUGGCCAGGAUCAUUUCGAGGAGAUGUACAAGGUGACGCUUCAACUUAAUCAGACCUACUAUGUUAUUCCCAAAGGUGAAUGUCUGCCCUACUUCAGCUUCAGUGAAAUAGCCAAGAAAGGAACUGAGGGUUCCUAUAGUGAUAAUCCAAUUAUCCGACAUGCUUCAAUUGCUAACAAAUGGAAGACUAUUCACCUCAUAAUGCAUAGUGGCAUGAAUGCAACUGUGAUCUAUUUCAACCUUACCUUUCUGAACAAAAAUGAUGAAGAAUUCAAAAUGCAGUUAGCUGUUGAAGUUGAUACUAGAGAGGAACCAAAACUGAAUGCAACUUCCAUGCAAAAAUCCAACUCUGAUGUUAAAACUGUAACUUCAGUACCAGAAGCUGAACUGAUAUUUGAAGAUAUUCCUGAAGAAAAACGUUUUCCAAAAGUCAGGAGACGUCGAAAUGGCACGAAAGAGUAUCUACAUGAAGAGGUGACAAUACCAUCAGUAAAUGUGUCUCUCCUUCCUGAAGAUGUUCAGCUAGCACUGCGGAGCCUGGACUUAAAACUAUUAAAUGGUGAUAUCACUCAGAAAGGAUUUAACCUAUCCAAGGCUACUCUCUUGAGACCUUUCCAGUUCUUAACUACAGCAAGAAGUAUUGGAGGCCUGGAAAGGAAGAGCAUGCAUAAUCAUUCAGAAGCUCAGAAGAACUAUACCAGCUGGCAGAAUCCUUAUAGGGAUAUGAACAAUGGCAAGAUAAAAUCAAUGAAAGCAAAUGAAGAAGUUCCUUCAAGCCUUACAGGAACAAAGGGGACUGUUGUGACAGUGAACACAAAUAAAAUAUUGAAUGCACUUAUAUUAAGGGAAACCCAGAAAUCCAAGCAAACUCGGAAUUUAGAUGCUGGAGAAGAUGCACAGGGAGUGGAAGGAGGAAAAGGCCAUGUGCGAGUGGAUACUAAUGCAAGGGAGGGAUUAGUGGGAAGAAAAUUACAGUUUUAUGCUGGAAGCUACCAAGGCUUUUUGCCGUGGGAGAGAAAGAAGUAUUUCCAGGACCUUCUUGAUGAAGAAGAGUCAUUACUCAAACAAAUGUCAUACUUGACUGAUGGUAAACAUUUUGGAAGGCAGCUGAAAGAUACAUUUGCUGAUUCCCUUCGAUAUGUAAACAAGCUUUUAAACAGCAAAUUUGGGUUUACCUCUCGAAAAGUCCCUGCUCACAUGCCUCACAUGAUUGACCGCACUGUUAUGCAAGAGCUACAGGAUAUGUUUCCUGAGGAGUUUGACAAGACAUCAUUUCACAAGGUGCGGCACUCAGAAGAUAUGCAGUUUGCUUUUUCAUAUUUCUACUAUCUUAUGAGUGCAGUCCAACCACUGAAUGUUUCUCAGAUCUUUGAUGAGGUUGACACGGACCAGUCAGGCAUUUUGUCUGACCGAGAGAUUCGCACCUUGGCUACAAGAAUCCAUGAACUACCUUUAAGUUUGCAGGAUUUAACAGGUCUGGAACAAAUGCUAAUAAAUUGCUCUAAAGCUCUUCCUGCCAACGUAACUCAGAUCCAUGUCAUUCCACCAACUCAGGAAGCAUAUUAUGAUCCCAAUCUGCCUCCAGUAACUAAAAACCUAGUGACCAAUUGCAAACCUGUGACUGACAGAAUCCGUAAGGCAUACAAGGACAAAAACAAAUACAGGUUUGAAAUCAUGGGAGAAGAGGAAAUUGCCUUCAAAAUGAUUCGCACAAAUGUUUCUCAUGUGGUUGGUCAGCUAGAUGACAUACGAAAAAAUCCCAGAAAAUUUGUUUGCCUAAAUGACAAUAUUGAUCACAGUCAUAAGGAUGCUCAGACAGUGAAAGCAGUGCUUAGAGAUUUCUAUGAAUCAAUGUUUCCAAUACCUUCCCAAUUUGAACUGCCAAGAGAAUAUCGGAAUCGUUUUCUUCACAUGCAUGAACUCCAAGAAUGGAGGGCAUAUAGAGACAAGCUGAAAUUCUGGACUCAUUGUGUUCUAGUAAUACUUAUUGUAUUUACAGUCAUCUCAUUUUUUGCUGAACAGUUAAUUGCACUUAAGCGAAAGAUUUUUCCAAGGAGAAGGAUCCAAAAGGAAUCUGGUCAUGAACAAAUCAAAGUGUAGAAGAGCUUUAU